CCCACCAGCAACCAGCAGCGUCAAGACUUCAAGAAAAUGGCUCGUAGCAACCUCCGCCACGGCCUUAACAAGGGCCACCCCACGACUCCCAUCGCCCAGGCUGUCCGCCCCAGCCAGCGCAAGGGCAUCCAGUCCGCGCGCACCAAGUUCGUGCGCUCCGUCGUUCGGGAGGUCGCUGGCUUCUCGCCGUACGAGCGUCGGGUUAUGGAGCUGUUGAGGAACUCCAAGGACAAGAAGGCACGGAAGUUCACGAAGAAGCGGCUGGGCACGCUCCUCCGCGCGAAGAGAAAGCUCGAGGAGCUGAGCACCAUCAUCCAGGAGAGCAGGAGGGCGCACUAAAAGCAGCAGGGAAUGCUGGACGGUUCACCUCGAUUGUCUCCGUACGCUACGCUGCGCUAUGCCGGGGCCUGGGCUCGUCAACUCCAUGAUGCUAUGCAUUCGUUGUAACUCUAUGCGUGUUUCUAUUCAUUGCCGGACCCAUGCACCUCCCCGAGCCCUUGUACCUACCGCCUUCUACGAUGGAUGAUGGACGAUCUGUCAAGAGGUGGGCGGGCUGCCACUGCCUGCCGACGUCCUCGACGGAUGUGUUCGUGAU